UUCCGGUCGCUCGCGAGGGCGAUCGUCUUUCAGCAGCUCAACGGCGCCGCGGCGGCGACCAUCUUCGGCCGCGUGCGGAGCGCCGUCGGCGCGGAGGACGACGAGACGGCGAUGACCCCGGAGGCGUUCGCGCGCGCGAAAGACGAGGACCUGCGCGCGUGCGGGUUAUCCGCGAGGAAGCUGGAGUACCUGCGCGGGUUAGCGGCGCGGUUCUCGAGCGGCGACGACGACGACGACGACGACGGUCGCCGCCCGGCGUUGACGGAUGACGCGCUCGAGGCGAUGAGCGACGAGAAGACGACCGCGACGCUCCUGGAGCUGAAAGGCAUCGGCGAGUGGAGCGUGCACAUGUUCCAGAUGUUUUAUUUAAAUCGCCCGGACGUCCUUCCGGUGAAGGACUUCGGCGUGAGGCAGGGGAUGAUGAUCGCGUACGGACUGAGAGACCCGCCGAAGGAGGAGAAGAUGCGCGAGAUCGCGGCUUCGUGGGCGCCGUAUAAGACGUUGGCGAGCAUGUACAUGUGGGCCGCCGCGGAC